GAAGAGCUGGAUGACUCUGUGAAUGGCUUCACUUGGAGUGACAGUAUCACCGUCACGCCUGACGAGCGGCGUGAAUGCAUGGAGUACGUGAAGGAGCAUUUAGCUAGCGCGUUUGUGCGCGAUGGGAAACAGCGAUUCUUUCUGGAGGACACCGCCGACAAGGAAAAUCUGCUCUCGGUUGACGAUACGUACCGGAUGGAUUUUGCCUUGACAGGGACGGCUGAUAUGGUGAUUGUCGACCGAGUGGCGCACCAGUAUCACGAGGAGUUCGCAGGCCUUCACUUUGUCAUUGAGGUGAAGAAGGAUAUUGCCUCAAAUUUGGAGCGACUUCGGCGUGAGACGCUCCUGGAGUUAAUUGCGGCAGACUUGAAGAGCGACAAGCGGCGAGCCCCGAUAGGACUUCUGACGGAUCUAAACGAGACGUGGUAUUUCUUGUGGUUUACAGCGAACUCGAGAAUCGCCACGCUAUCUCUACAAUGCCCAGGGGACGGCUUCCAGUUCAUUACGGAGGUUUUGAACGAGGACGCGAGCCCAUCGAGCGAUGGCGUCUACUGGGUGCGUAGUCGCUUCGUCAACGAAACAAGCGCUUUGAAAAGACGAAGACUGGCCGAUCUUAUCACUGAAACCAUCCUAUGA